CGGCGCCGCGGUCGGGGCAGCGCUCUCCCGAGACCUCGCAGCCGCGCUGGCCCCGGACCCGGGCCACCCACGGGGCGGUGGGCGCUCGCUAGCCCCGGGCUCUGCAAGCCCCGGAAGGCAAGACUAGCUGCGUGCUGUUUGUCCCGGGGCUUACCCCGAGGCCCCGCUAUGGACGGCGAGAGCGAAGUGGAUUUCUCUAGCAAAAGCAUAAACCCUUUGUGGCGGAGACGUUCGACCCCUGCGCCCCAGCUGCUGGGCCGGAGCAAGCCGAGGCCCCAGUCUUAUCAGAGCCCCAGCGGGUUGCUGAUCACGGAUUUCCCGGUGGAAGACCGAGGGACGCUACCCGCAGCACAGACUCCCGCCCAGGUGCCCACCGCCUCGGACAGCAGGACUGUCCACGGGAGUCCCCUGCUUCUGGGCGCCCAUCGGAGAGCGGUGGCUAACGGUGGUACCGUCUCCUUAGAGUACAGGGCUGUCUCUCCUAGACUUCGACGGCCCAAGUCACCCCAGGUCCUCAAAGCGGUGCCGGGCGGCUCUCCGAAAUCCCCAGCCAAUGGUACGGUGACCUCGCUCCCCGCGCCGCCGCCGCCCGUGCUGCGCCCCCCGCGGACUCCAAAAGCGCUCGCCCCCUGCAGCCCCGAGGGGGACCCGACCGGGUUGACAGCCAGCCCGGUGCCUUCCCCUACUGCAAAUGGCUUUGCCCGUAAUAAAGACUCUCAAUCCGGUCUGUCGGCUAUAGACCCCGAACCCUCGAGACUCUCUCCUGCGCUCCAGAAAAGGUCUUCGGAACAAAAACUCCCCUUCCAGAGGCUGCUUUCACAGGAGAACGAGCUCCCCGAGAAUCCUUCCGUGAUUUUGAGUACAAACAGCCCCGCCGCCCUCAAAGUGGGGAAGCAACAGAUCAUUCCGAAGAGCCUGGCCUCAGAAAUUAAAAUAAGUAAAUCCAAUAGUCAGAAUGUGGAGCCCCAUAAGAGACUCCUCAAGGUGCGCAGCAUGGUGGAAGGCCUUGCAGCACCCCUGGGCCACGCAGGCGAGGAGGCUGAGGUCGAGAACGACUUGGAUAGCCCGGGGUCUCUGCGGAGAGGCUUGCGGUCCACGUCUUAUCGCAGGGCAGUGGUCAGUGGCUUUGAUUUUGACAGUCCUACCAGCUCGAAGAAGAAGAACAGAAUGUCCCAGCCUGUUCUGAAAGCAGUGAUGGAGGACAAGGAGAAGUUUUCCAGCCUGGGAAGGAUAAAGAAAAAAAUGCUGAAAGGACAAGGAACAUUUGAUGGGGAAGAAAAUGCUGUCCUGUAUCAAAACUACAAAGAAAAGGCCCUUGACAUUGACUCUGAUGAAGAGUCGGAGCCCAAAGAACAGAAGUCGGAUGAAAAAAUCGUGAUUCACCAUAAGCCACUGAGAUCCACAUGGAGCCAGCUCUCUGCGGUGAAAAGAAAUGGAUUAUCUCAGACAGUAAGCCAGGAGGAAAGAAAGAGACAAGAGGCUAUCUUUGAAGUCAUAUCCUCUGAACAUUCAUAUUUACUCAGCUUGGAAAUCUUGAUUCGAAUGUUUAAAAAUUCUAAAGAACUGAGCGAUACCAUGACUAAAACCGAGAGGCACCACCUUUUCUCUAAUAUUACAGAUGUCUGUGAGGCAAGCAAAAAAUUCUUUAUAGAGUUGGAAGCAAGACAUCAGAAUAAUAUCUUUAUAGAUGAUAUAAGUGACAUUGUGGAAAAACAUACAGCAUCCACAUUUGACCCAUAUGUGAAAUACUGCACAAAUGAAGUGUACCAACAACGAACACUACAAAAAUUGUUAGCCACCAACCCCUCCUUUAAAGAAGUAUUAUCAAGGAUCGAGUCACAUGAAGACUGUAGGAACUUACCCAUGAUCUCCUUCCUCAUUCUCCCCAUGCAGAGGGUGACACGCCUGCCAUUGCUGAUGGAUACUAUAUGUCAAAAAACACCUAAGGACUCUCCAAAGUAUGAUGUCUGCAAAAGGGCCUUAAAAGAAGUGAGCAAGUUGGUUCGACUGUGCAAUGAAGGAGCCCGGAAGAUGGAAAGGACCGAGAUGAUGUACACAAUUAAUUCCCAGCUGGAAUUUAAAAUUAAGCCUUUUCCUUUAGUCUCCUCUUCCCGGUGGUUGAUAAAAAGAGGUGAGCUGACAGCCUACGUGGAAGACACUGUGCUUUUUUCCAAAAGGACAUCCAAACAGCAAGUCUACUUCUUUCUCUUUAACGACGUGCUCAUUAUCACCAAGAAGAAGAGUGAAGAAAGCUACAACGUCAACGAUUAUUCCUUAAGAGAUCAGUUAUUGGUGGAAUCUUGUGACAAUGAAGAGCUUAAUUCUUCUCCGGGAAAGAACAGUUCCACGAUGCUUUAUUCGAGACAGAGCUCUGCCAGUCACCUCUUCACUCUGACAGUCCUUAGUAACCACGCGAAUGAGAAAGUGGAAAUGCUGCUAGGGGCUGAGACGCAGAGUGAGCGAGCCCGCUGGAUAACCGCCCUGGGACACAGCAGCGGGAAGCAGACCACGGACCGAACUUCACUGACCCAGGUGGAAAUCAUUAGAUCAUUUACUGCCAAGCAGCCAGAUGAACUCUCCCUGCAGGUGGCUGACGUGGUCCUCAUUUAUCAGCGUGUGAGCGAUGGAUGGUAUGAGGGGGAACGACUGCGAGAUGGAGAAAGGGGCUGGUUUCCUAUGGAAUGUGCCAAGGAAAUAACGUGCCAAGCUACAAUUGAUAAGAAUGUGGAGAGAAUGGGACGCUUGCUAGGACUGGAGACCAACGUGUAGCUUCUCAGAUGGCCUUUUGCUGCUGCGAGAUUUGCACUACAUCUGGUAGGCUGGUUGGUUCUGGGCUGGUCUUAUGGUUAAUUUUAUCACAGCCUAUUUAAUUAAAAGAAUGAAAACACUCACCUUUAAGCUUGCCAGGUUGUUCUGUUCUCUCAGGAGAACAGCUACUGGAUACAGUUCAGUGUUUGUGUAACCACUCCCUUGCAGAUUCCUUUAGGUACACAGAGCCACUGAGUAGUCCACUUCAGGGAUCAGGCAGUCUCAGCUCCUUCUAGUUUCACUACGUUCUGGCAUAAAAAAUGUAUAUAAGAUUCUGUAUCCUGGUUUUCUCUAUCCUCACUUCACUAACACUACUAUUCCUCCUUAAACAUCUCCUUUUGUAUGGUUCUCCCAGUAUUAGCAAGGUUUUAUGUCUUUAAGGAAUGUUCAGUUUUAUAAAUAUUUUUCCUGCUUCUUAUUUUUCACACUCGAUUCUAAUGCUGUGUUAAUUUCUAAAGGAACUGGUAGAGUUCAGAAGGUGAGCUGUUAUGUUUUUCUAAACCUCUUCCCAGGAAAGGGACAUUGACACUUGAAUUUUUGCCACCUUUUUCCUCAUUAGAUGGUAAGGAGCCUUACUUAAAGGAUUUUUUUUAAUCCAUCUCACCCCAUAUUGGUCUUAGAUAAGUAUAGCCUAAUAAACCUAAGCUACUUUAAAUAACAUAAAAUUUAGGUGAUUCGCAUGUUUGAGAAAAUGCUGAGCAUAGCACAGGGGGCCUGUUUUUUUUAAUAUUCCCAAAUGAGCUGAUAAAAAACUGACGUGAGGCAGCUUUGCCUUUAGUAAUGCAUGGUUUUCAACUGUUCCCACUCCAGUUUCCAAUAGGAAAUUAGCUGGAACACUGUAACAAUCUCGAGGAAGGGAAAAUUAGGCCUUAAAGGGUAUCAAGAAACCAACAUGGUACCUAACUGAAACCUUUUGACCUUAGUGGGAAUCCAUUCUAUAAUAUUUGCACUAAAGGUUGUACUUGCUAUAUUUGGGGUCUCUCUUAACUGUUUCUGUAGAUCUUUAUUUCUUCCACUAGUGCAAGGAGAGAGAAAAGUUAUUUUAAUAAUUGGUUUCAUAGAGCUAAUGAGGGUUUGGAAGACUGAGAGGGGAGAAAUGAUUUUUACUGGCAGCUAUAUGCCUUCUCUACUCCAUUCUCUUUGACAAAGGGUAAAACCUGGCAACGUGUACAUUGUUGGAAGACUCAGAUCUAUGUAUGACACGUCCCACUACCAUCGGCUAACUGGUUACCCAAGUCGUAAGGUUACAGAAGUCCAGUGCUCUGGCUCUCACACCCAGCACACUGCCACCUCAGCAGCCAGCCAGUGUGCUGUCCCUGGGGGCUUCUCACCCUCGGACUGUGGAUUGCUGUCUUGACCAGUGCAUAGUUUUGAUUGUAAAAGACAUUCCUGGGCCUUGAGUUCCUGGAGGUCUGGGCAAGUAUGUUAAUGAAGUAAUAGCAGUGGACCACAGAAAGGGGUUUGCAAAACAAGUCGUCUGUCUCCUCUUUAAUAAUGUCACUGACUUUUUAGAGGAGAGGCUAACAAGUCGUAAUUUAAUCUAAUGCCAUAUUUUAUUUAGGAAGGAAGGUAAAUUUGUUGCUUGCAAGGGAAUAAUUUUAUAUUAUUUUUGCUAAUACCCAUUUGAAGCUAAAAAGCAUUUAUAUGAAUCCUGUGAAUUAAUUUAUAAGUAGAGAUGUUAAACAGCUUUGGAAGUAUACACAUCUUAUAAAUGGAAGCCUUAUUUAGCGAGAUCAAUAUUGUUAUUAAAGUGUUUGUUGUUAUACGGCAGGUAUUUAACACAUUCACAAUGUUUAAUUUCAACCGUGUUGUUUUUAACAUGACAGUAUUUUUUUCAAAUGUAGUUCAUUUGCUAUGAACACCUUCUCUGAAUUGUAUAGUGAUUUCAUUUGUGAAGAACAAAAAUGUUCAUUUUUGUCCCAAUAACUUGAGACUGCUUGUACACUUUUGGCAAAAUAUAUGAAUUUAUAAAGAUUUUGUAUA